CUCAAAAAGGACACACCCACAUCUCCAUCACGCUCCUCGAUGGAUGGCCUGAACCCCUCGCGACUUUGCGCAGUCCGUUGCGCUUCACGCGAGGCGAACCCAUGGCGGUCCGUCCCCCGCCCAUUUGUGCGGACAUGUUCCAGCGCUGGCUGCACAACGACUGCUAUUGCCCAGUGGGUCUGUUCUGGCAACAUCAGCCGCAGGCCAUGGCUCUCGACAGCCCGAGGGUCGGACCGGGUCCACGAAUGGAUUCGUGGCUUGCAGGGGGCGAGCAGCAUCCCUGGUGUACGCUGAGAGGGCUUGAGCUGUGGGGAGCGAUGUAUCCCGCUUACGCCUUGGCAGCCGGCUGCGGCUUCACGGGUACCGCGCUCUGGAGCGCCUUGCGCUUGCGGCACGGCUUCGGGACCGCGAGCGCCGCGGACCAGCGAUUGCAGUUUGCCAUCCAUGGCUUCUGCCUGGGGGCGGCGGUGGUCCGCUUGUCCUACAUCAUCUGCGAGGCCAGCUUAGUGCACACCUCUCACGGGGACAGCUUCCUCCAGAGGAUGGCCGGUGCCUCAUACACCGCCUUCUUCCCCCUGUCCGCGGCAGCGUUUCUCUGCACCUGCCAGCAUUGGCUCCGCCUGAUCGAGUUCAUGGAUCAGGUGGUGGAGAAGCCUUGGUACCGGAAUCCGCUGAUCCUGGUGUGUCUCCUCUUCCUGUUUCUGGAAGCCUUGCAUGACUUCAUGUACAUGUCGGGCGCUCAUCCUGUCAUUGACGGGGUGUACUUCUUCUGGCUCUCCCUCAUCUCCGUCUUCGCCGCCCUGCUGGGGGUGAGUAUCGCCCGGCGUUUGUACAGCCGGCUGCGCCUGUGGCUCACAGCGGACGCCGGACUUCAGGUCUUCAAGCGGACCCUCAUGUCUGCGGCGCUGGUCUCAGCUAGCGCUGUGUGCAUGCUGAUCCUCAGUAUCAUCCAAGCUCUGGUGGGUCGGUACUAUCCAUGGCCUUGCUUCGAUUGCUGGGUCUUCGGGCGACUGCUGGAGUUUCUGUACCUGGUGAUCAUGCUCAGCGCUUUGGGCCGAGCGCAAGAGCGGGCCCCGAACCUGGCAAGUGUCACUGGCGGCAGCACCGCGGCGAGGGGCAGCAGCUUCGCUGAUAGCUUCAUGAGCACAGAUGCCCCGGGAUGGGAGGCGCUCUGGAUCAGCCCCCCGGCGCCGGCCAGGCGCUCGGAGGCGACGGCGACGGGAUCGGAGGCCUCGGCCCGGCGUGGGGGCAGCCGCAGCCCCUCGGUGGCCAGCGCCAUGUGAGCGGGCCGAAACCGAAACGGAAAGAGUCCAUCGUUGGGCCACUUGAGUAGC